AUGAAUACAGGAGACCUCAACACCUCCAGAAUGGAAGACAGGAACAGAAUGGAAGAUGAUGAGACAAGAAUCUGCAUACCUCUUCCCAAGCUGCGUCUGAACAGCACUGCAAGUGACAUACUAUUACAAAAAGAAAUCUGGCAAGGCAAGAUUAUUUACAACCAGAGUCAAAAGAAUAUCCUCCAAGCAUGGUUUGAACAUGACCUUUACCCUGCAAAAGCAAGCAGGAAACAACUGGCCGAGGAAAUUGGCAUUCCAGAAUCUAAAAUUCAGAUUUGGUUUAAAAACCUCAGAGCAAGACAGAGCCGAUUGGGGUUCAGCUCCUCCUUAGGAGAAGACCAAACCAAUGGACAGAACCAGCCUCAGCCUUAUACUCAAGAAUACUUAUCAAAAGGAGCCACACAAGACCACAUAUCCGUUCCAAGAUCUCAAUCAAACAUUCUAGUUCAAGCCUUCAAGAGGAGCCAAUUAUUUGACAUUGCAAACAGGAAAACACUAGCCAAACAGGCAUUCCAGAAUCGAGAAUUCAAUUCUUUCAGCAGGAACCAACCAUUUCUACCUGUUCUUCUCCCAUCCCACAUAUCCGCUGUCCCUUGUGUGAUCCAAGGACAAAGUGUCAUGAUGCAACCCAUGCAGGCUGUGCAGAGAGGAGAGAACUCUCCCUCUACUCUAACACUUGGGAAUUAUGUGCCAGUACUGCUGACUAUGGGAGGAGACCCAGAUACUCAGUAUCCUUUCUGGCCCCAAUACCAAGAAAAACGCCAGGAUCACCAAGAACAGACUGACAGGGGAGUCCUGCAGUUGGAAGACUAUUCUCAGCCUCAAGCUGAGCACAAAAAACCACCACGACAGGAUCUGAGCCAGGUGGACAUAUCUUACUUUCCACAGUGGUGGGAUGAGUGCUGCCAGGCUCUGAUUGCAGAGUGGGAUCCUCAAAAAAGGACGCACUGA